UGUCUAAGAGCAAAGGCUUAAACCCUUGUUUCUGUUAAACACACAAAAACCCUUCUUCCUCCAUCAGAACAGAAGCAGAAAUGUGGGGAUGGAUGAUAAGGGAAGGCCGGACGGCAUCAUCAGCAGCAUCAUGGUCACUAACAGCCUGGAACCUCCGUCUCCUCCGUAACAUGGGUGGCGGUCCUCGCACCUUCCCCGGCGGCGUAAGCAAAUGGAAAUGGAAACGUAUGCACGAAAAACGCGCCAAAGAGAAACAGCGUAACCUUCUCGAACAAGAGAAACAACUCUACCAAGCUCGUAUUCGAUCUCACAUUCGCUCCACUCUCUCACCUUCUUCAUAUUCAUCUUCCUCCACCACUCAUAAUCCUAUUUCCCCUGAUCAACACAUCAAAGCCCUCGCCGAUCGUUUCAUGAAAGACGGUGCUCUAGAUCUCUGGAACGACCUCGACGGCCCUGAAACCUACCAGACCCAAACCCAAGCCCAGGCCCAGAUUCAAUCCCAAGCAUCGCCGCAAAUUGAUUUACGCAGUCGGAAUUUGAAUAACUAUUCACAAAUUAGGGGCUACCGUUCUGUUCCUGAGGUUAAGGAUUCUAUUCGUUCCGUUCCUAGGGUUAGGGAUUUGAGUGAUCAGAAUAGGGUUGGGACGGAAAAGCCUGAACGGCGAAAAAUUUGGAGAAAGAAUGAUUCUUCGAGUGAUAGUGAUAGUGAGAGUGAAGUGGAAUCAAAGAAUGAGGGGUACUAUUCUAAGGUGGGUAGUAUUGCUGCUUUGGGGAAAUAUGAUGUGAAGAGGGUGAGGAGAAUGAAGCCUAAGGAUUUUGAUGAUCAAACUGAUUUUUCGGAGCAAGUUGAGUUGAUUAAGAAUGAGCUUAAGAAGAAGAAGUUGAGUCGCCACGAGGAGGAGAAUCAGGGUCAGGGACUUGAAAAUGUUCUUAGUCAGACAAGAUUUGACGAGUGUGCUAUAUCACCAUUGACAAUCAAAGCACUUUCUACAUCUGGUUACACUCAUAUGACCCGGGUUCAAGAGACUAGCCUCCCUAUUUGUCUUGAGGGUAAUGAUGUUAUGGUCAAGGCUAAAACUGGCACUGGAAAAACUGCAGCUUUUUUGCUUCCUGCUAUUGAAACAGUUUUGAAAGCUAUGAGUAGCAAGACCUCUCAUCGUGCACCGCCAAUAUAUGUUCUUAUUCUAUGCCCUACCAGAGAACUUGCUAGUCAAAUUGCUGCUGAAGCAAAGGUUUUGCUUAAAUAUCACGAUGGUGUAGGGGUGCAGACUCUAGUUGGAGGUGUACGAUUUAAAGUUGACCAGAAACGCCUUGAAUCGGAUCCAUGCCAGAUGCUUGUUGCUACACCUGGUAGGUUACUGGAUCAUAUUGAGAAUAAGACCGGAAUAUCUGUACGAGUGAUGGGCUUGCAGAUGCUUAUACUUGACGAAGCUGAUCAUUUGCUGGACCUUGGGUUUCGAAAGGAUAUAGAAAAAAUUGUUGACUGUUUACCCCGUCAAAGACAAUCCUUACUGUUUUCUGCAACUAUCCCAAAGGAGGUCCGUCGAGUAUCUCAGCUUGUUUUGAAAAGGGAACACAAAUAUGUUGAUACAGUUGGAAUGGGUUGUGUGGAAACUCCUGUUCAGGUAAAGCAAUCCUAUCUUAUCGCUCCACAUGAAUCACACUUUCAGAUAGUACAUCAUAUCUUGAAAGAGCAUAUCUCGCAAACACCUGAUUAUAAGGUUAUUGUUUUCUGUAUAACUGGGAUGGUGACAUCACUCACAUAUCACCUUCUUCGGGAUAUGAAACUGAAUGUUAGGGAGAUACAUUCUCGAAAACCUCAGCUGUAUCGAACUCGUGUAUCAGAUGAGUUUAAGGAAUCCAAACAAAUGAUUCUUGUCUCCUCUGAUGUUACAUCACGUGGAAUGAAUUAUCCUGAUGUUACUUUAGUGAUACAGGUGGGAAUUCCUUCAGACCGUGAACAAUAUAUACAUCGUCUUGGAAGAACGGGACGGGAAGGCAAAGAAGGGAAAGGCAUAUUGUUGAUUGCACCUUGGGAAGAGUACUUUUUAAAUGAGAUCAAGGAUCUCCCUCUAGAAAAAUUUCCCUUACCAGAUUUAGAUCCUCAGGCACAGCUUAAGAUUGAGCAGUCAAUGGCAAAGAUUGAUAAUGACAUCAAAGAAGCAGCCUAUCAUGCUUGGCUUGGUUAUUAUAACUCCAUCAGGGAAAUUGGGAGGGAGAAGAGCACAGUAGCUGAGCUAGCAAGCCAAUUUUCCGAAUCAAUUGGUUUACAGAGGCCGCCUUCUCUCUUCCGAAAAACUGCACUAAAAAUGGGUUUGAAAGACAUUCCUGGCAUUAGAAUUCGUAGAUAGCUCGUUUGUACAUUAAAAAAAACACUGAAAUAAGAUUUGUAAGCAUCUUGUGUUGCAUUUUAUAAUGCGAGAAGUUGCUUCUCAGUAAGCUAAUUUAUGUAGGAUUAUACUUAUAUGUUCCUCUGAGGAGUUUUACAUAAAUUGAGAACAGGGAAUCUGUUGGAGUAA